UCUAAAGAUUAGUUGCACGAAGCAAGUAAAACCCUAAUCUGAAUUCUGAAGAAGCAAUUCUGCUCUCUCUGCUGUUUGAUUCUUAUGGGACUUUUCAGAGGCUUCCUUCUCGAUUCUUCUCCGCUCUGGACGUUACGAUAAUGCUCAUCAGGAAUCAUCUCUCCUUCAAAUUUCUUAUCUACUCGAACGUUGCCCUGUCGAUCUCGUCACCGGGGUUUCAAAUUUUUGAAUGAGUAGGGUGGCGUUUGAUUUCGAACUUUGAUUGUUACUGCUUUAGUGUCCGUGCGCUGGAACUGGUUGCAGUGAGGGUGGAUUUGACGCAUCGAGCAUUAGCUUGUGUGAAUUAGCUGAUCGAGAGGAAAUAGGCCCUUUUGACAGGAAUUGGACAAUUGUAGCUGCUCGACCAAAGAUUACACCUCGAUAUGCUCAGUUUUCACUUGCAGCGCUGGUGAUGGUGGUCGUCUUUAGUGUCUUUAGCAUUUUGGUAGAGCAAUAGCAGUGUUGCAGGCGGAUGUUUGGCAGCGAGCGCCAGAAGAGAAUAUCACACUGAGCUUGAUCACACUUGAAAUUUUUGAGGAUGUUUGGAGUCUUAUUUCCUAAUCGAAGUUUCCCAUUGGGAAUCACCACUUUCAACCAAGUCGAUGAUCACCGAUGGAUUCUGGAUAUGAAUUAUUUUGUUGGAGAAGCUUACGAUCAAGUAAAGGAGAUGUGUAUCUUCUUGCUAAAUGAGCUGGCACUGCCAGCUGGUAAAGCAUUGGCCGUGUAUGUGCAAACACCGGGUUCACAAUUUGAAUAUCGUGGUGCCGUUCAUAGCGCAUGUCCUUCAGCUGUGUUUCCUCUACUUUGGCCCAGUGCAACUUCUGGCCAAAUGCUACUGACGGGACCUGGUGCACCUUGUGCCUCUGCACAAAUUGGUAUCUCAGUCGAAGAUCUCGCUACCCUUCCUUCUCUCAAUGUAGGCCAGCAGAAGCGGGUGGAGGAGCUUGCGUUGAAAGUCGGCGAGAAUUUAUUCAACUUCAUGCAGUCCUUCUGUUCAAUAGAAGGUGACAAACUUCUCAUUCCCAUGGACAUAUUGAAUCAAUGGUUCAAGAAGUUUCAGGAGAAGGCAAGAAGAGAUCCUGACUACUUGAAUCGUUUCACUUUGUAAUAUAGUUCUGUGACUCCGGUAUCAAACAUAUCGAUUAUUUCUCAUCACAACUAAUUUCCUCUUUUCCGGGUCUCUCUUUUAUUUUUAUUUUUAUUUUUUCAUUGUGGAUAAUAUUUGUGCACAUUGAAGACUUCAGUUUUAUCAGAUUUUUGCGGACAUAUCCACGAAAAGUUCACCAGACGUUUCCACAGUGUUCAGUGGACCGUUGGGAACUUUGUGACAUCCACCCUCAAAGGUUUUUUCACUUGCUAUUUCUAUUUUGGUCGUAAACGUGGUUUUAAUAUAGUGCAGUGUCAAUUCCUACAGCAGUACAAUUAGCAUUGAUUUUAUUCUA